ACCGCCAUACGCUUCUCUCCGGUCUUCUUCACAGCAAGGUGAACACCAAACAACAUGUUCAUCCUCAUUAAACGGUGUCCCAUCCACCGAUAUCGCGCCGAAGAUAUCACUUACAACACCACCCCAUGGUUUGUCCAACAGCAUCAUCACUGUGCACAAUAUUCCUUCUUCAUCACUCCGACGCCGUCGAAAUGAACCAAACAAACGGCAACUCACGCCUUCAACUCGCUUUCGCACCGCUUCCUCCAAGUGUUCCCACAACGGCUGCUCUUCCAGUUCCCACUGUGCCACGAAGAACCGACGACACCAAAGUCCUCCAUCCGGUUCGGUCUUACACCCAGGAUUCCAGUGAACAAAAGAGUCACCAACAAUCUCUUGUCUUGCCGAAGUCCCCUCAGCUACUAAGCAGCCAACACCGCAAGAACAAUCACAAUCACUCCCAGUGAGAGACAUCCCAACGUUAUCACCGAUGAAACCAAACGUCGUCGACUCAUUGAACCUACUAAAAGCAGACCACUGGUCUCUCCGACUCGUCGACUAGAAAGGGUUCAACCGAAGACAGAAGAGAAAGAAGAGAAGAACACAAGCCU